GGGUCACCCGAAGUAUAAAAUACGCGGUUCUCCCUCCAAAACCCUAAACCCUAAUCACUCUCUCAACUUCGAAUUCGACUCUGGUUCUGCUCCGAAAAUCUUCUCCAAUGGCGACUGUACCUGUUAAUCCCAAACCUUUUCUGAACAAUUUGACUGGAAAGAAGGUCAUCGUUAAACUCAAGUGGGGAAUGGAAUACAAAGGUUUUCUUGUCUCAGUGGAUUCAUACAUGAACUUGCAGCUGGCAAACAGUGAAGAAUAUAUUGAGGGACAAUUCACUGGAAAUCUUGGAGAGAUUCUUAUCAGAUGUAACAACGUUCUCUAUCUUCGCGGGGUACCAGAGGAUGAAGAAAUAGAGGAAGCUGAAGAAGACUGAGGUGGAUUCAUCGCCCUCCAAAUAGAAUUCUGGCUUCUAUUUGACAUCAAUAUCAUCUACCGCCUCUGCCUUAGCCUUUCGCAUAUUGUAUUUGUAUCACAUAUAAAAAUAUUGUUAGUUUUUUGCAAAUAUUUUCACUCUUUUGUAUGCUAUGCCCUUGCUAAACUUUAUUUUGGGCACUGAAGCCAUUUCAUCACUCAUGGAUUUCCAAGCAAUGGAAGAAGUCACCUAUUAUUUUCAUUUGUGGGUAUGCGAGGCAUUGCGAUGAAAAUUUCGUUUCUGUUUUGGGGGUAGGUUUCAUUUUGCAAACGUCCCAUAUUAAUCUGUAAUGAAAAUGAAUGUUUCAUUAACUGGA